AUGAUAGUUGGAUUGUUUGUUGCAAACAGCCUGACGGGGCAGACGGUGUCUCGGAUGAGCCGUGCCAUGCCUGUAUCGAAGAUAGAGCAUUUUAUACUCGACUUUGUGAGCUCUGGCGCGCCAGCAGGCGGGAUAUUGGCCAAGGGCUUUUACAAGUAUGUUUACAGCGUGGUUGACUCUACCUACUACGUUGUGAUUACGAGCAUGGGAUAUAACAAUACAAGGGCACAAGGGAUUCUGGAUAUCCUGCAGAAGAACACCAGUGGAGAUAUAGUGGAUGCUCUGGUGACGAUGGACAAUGUUCUCUAUGGACAAACAGCCUUUGAUCCGAACAUUAGCUUAAUAAAAAGCAUGGACAGCCAGGAAGAGAAGAUCCACGAGCUGAUGAUGAAGAACAAGAGCAGGGAGCUGGUUCAGAAGCAAAAGGAGCUUCAGAGAAGGUCUGUCAGCGACAUUGACAGGGAGCUUGAAAGAGUCAGGAGUCUUGAGAUAGAGAUGAGAAACGAAAGCAUACAGCAGCUCAAGAGCAUUGUAAAGACAAGCAGCAGCCCUGCGAAGGAGAAGAGGAGGGGGCUGGAGACGUCCAUGAGCCCUGUGUUCAUUGUGUUUAAGGAGAGGCUUAAGAUGGUGAUGGACAAGGAAAAUAACAUCAAGAGUGGCGAGGUGCAGGGGGACAUGAGCAUUACUAUAAAGGAGGAGGAGUAUAAGGACAUAGAGAUAAGGCUUGGAAAUGUAGGGACGGACGUGAAGUUCAGUCCUAACCUCGACAAGUCUGUGUCCAGCUCUGGAGUACUUAGGUGCGAGAAGGGGUUUCCUGUUGAAAAGAACGUGGCUCUUGUAAAGUGGAGGAGCUCUGAUAUUCGGGAGGCUCCGAUUACAUUUACGUUCUGGCCCAGCGAGACGAGUCUCAAUGUAUAUCAGAUAAUGCUUGAGUAUACUGCAGAGUGCAACAUGAAGGACCUGAGUGUGUUCUUUCCCAAGGCCAAUAUUUCGAACGUUGUGAUUAGCGGGUCCGCCCGGGAGAGCGAUGCCCACAUAGAAUGGAAUAUAGGGGAUGUGGAGAAGGGGUUUUCUGACACGUUGGAAUUCAGCUGCACAUGCAGCGACCCUGCUGGGAUUUUUCCUCUGGAAAUCUACUUCACCUCGGACUUUGUCUUCACAAGGCUGUUUGCAGAGAAGGUCGAAAGGAAUGGCGAGGAAAUUAAUGAAGUGGAGAUCAAGAAGGUGUUUGAGGUUGAUAAGUUCACGGUGGUUGACGAAUAA